AUGGCGACAACAGGACACAACAACUUAUUCAGCAUUGUCCAGUUUACAUUGAGCUCUGAUUCCAUGUUUAGGAGAAUGAAUUCAAAUACUUGCUGGCUUUGCAAGAUAUUCAGACCAGAAGAAAAUGGGAUCAGUUCUAAGCUGUCUCUGGAGGAAGUGCUAUAGUGGUCCCAGUUUUUUGAAAAUCUGGUAACAAGGAAAUAUGGGCCUAUAAUCUGUAAGACCUACUUGCAGACAGAACACAGUGAUGAAAACAUAGAAUUGUGGCUUCCCCGUGAAGCUUAUAAGAAGACAAAAUCACAGAGGAAAAGGAUUUCCAUGGCCAGGAAGCUCUUUAUAAGUUACAUCCAACCCCAGACUCCCAAUGAGAUAAACAUUGACAGUCCUGCAAGGAAAUCAGUUAUGAGGAAUAUUCAAGAGCCAACGCAGUCCUGCUUUGAUGCAACACAGAGAAUACUCUACAGGCCCAUGGAAAGAGAUUCCCACCCAUGAUUUCUUGAAUCACAGUUCUACCAAAAGCUCAAACAUAGAAUCCAAACAAAUUGUGAACAGAGAUGUUUAUCACCAAUUACAGGCCAGAUGAGGAUGUUUGGGGACUUACAUCUUCACAGGAAAGGGAAAUGA